AUGUUGGGGCUGACUGCCGUUAUCGCCAUAGCCGCUUCGUGCGCGGCCAUCUUCAUUGUCGUCUCGGUAGUGGGCAUAAUUGUUUGGGUCAGGUAUCGCAAAGAGCGACAUGCAUUGGCGCUGCUAGGCUUCAGGCAAAAGCAGGGACAGCUCAAUAGGGGGUUGCAGUCUUAUCCGGUGGACACAUUGACUGAAUUGAGCCAGGCAGAAGGGAGCAUAUUGAGGGCACAUGGACAACUGCCUUAUGGGAAGCCUGGUGAAUGGGGCCAAUUGACUUCACGAGAAAGUUUGUAUCGGCCCAAGCAUGACUCUGACUCUUCUAUUUCUUUAACUGGGAGAGCCCGUUCCCUCCGCAACUCGCUUUCUCGAUCUCGAUCCAAACGGUUAUCUCGAUCCUCCCACCACCGCCGCAUGAGCUCCUUAGCUACAUUGAGUGAAUCAGUCAAGACGCCCAGUCCUCCUCCUAAAUCUUCGAUAUCCAAGGAAGACGUCCCUCUUUCGGCAAUUGAAGGGGUUCUGGAGUUACCGGCAGAGAGAACACCGAACCAAACACCAGAUCCCAAUGAAGACGAUACUGGAUUCCUUGGUAUGAGGCCCGACUCAACUGGGUGGCCCCUAUCAAUGCAACGCACAAGUCUUUUCCCUGUUUCGGAGAAUCGCGAUUCAGGUCAAGCAUUUGAUCCAACCCCAAUGGUUUUUGACGAAUCCCCUCGGCGCCUGCGUGGGACAAGUAUCGCUAGCCAAACUCCUGGCGUGAUGCCAGACCAUUCGGUUCCCCCUCCGCCGCCCACGGCCUAUCCUACCGAUAGAUUUAGUUACGCUCGAAAUGACUCUAUCAUGAGACUGUCUUCCAUGAGUCUCGAUACUACCAACAGCUCGAUUCUGGAAACUGGCCCUCGAUCGGCUGAUACCGACCUGACCUCUCCCGCCUUCUCUUCUGGUGGCACCUUUGUUCCUUUCAGUGCCGCAGACGUUGGGGUCAAGGAUGGUCGUAGGAGCUUCAUUUCUACCAACACAUCCAUUCCACCGAUGCAUAGCUUCCCUGUCCGCUCUGCUUCAACCACCGAGUCUCGCCAUAAAUCCCCGUCUUUGGCUCCCCGACGGAGCAUGACAACGGCUCGAUAUUCCGGUGCAUCGGCUGAUCGUUUCAGCGGGGCCCCGCGACGAACAGACUCUCUGUCCUCAUCGGUUCCACGGCGAACAGACUCUCUGUCUUCAUCGAAUCCACCUUCAAGGCACGCAUCUCUGCGUUCUGGGACUCCAGUGAUGCAUCCAGGAUAUCAAAAUCCAAAUGCUUCCGACUGGCGGUUUUCUGGAUCCCAGUGGUCAAAUCAGCAGUGCAACCUAUCUCGCAACAGCACUGUCUAUGAACACGUCGAACUGGGCAGCGAUCCUUUUUACGUUGGGUCCCCUGGGUCUGGAACUGUGUUCCACCCUGUUGGGUCACCAUCGAACACAGGCAAUACUCACCAGUCACCUAGUCCGAUGCAUCGUAGGAGUCUGUCCAUGAAGGGGCCUCUUCCCUCUGCGCUUAAGGGCGCCAACCCCCAGCGCAAGGGUCAUCGUCGUCAGAAUUGUGUCCGUAUCUCUAUCCACCCGCCCAUCACAUUCGGAUCCUCGUCCUUCGCUCCUACAGUUGAAGAGGAACCAGAAGAAUUUGACAGGAUGGAAGAGGUUGAUCUCCGGGAAAGUACAAUUAACAGCCCUAAGCCAUUGCCAUCGUUGCCACCAAGUACAACCUCACCUCAGUCCGGCUCAAGGCGCAGCAAGUAUGGCAGUCGACAUGGCAAGCCAGGCCUAGGCUCUCUCGGGCCGCUGGUCGAAGAGCCGCAGCCCCCGAAUCACGACGACACCCCUUGCAAGAAGAAGAGGAGGCCGACUUCCUCUGUCGCAGGCGCCCACAAGGCUUCGCUUAAUCACGAUCGUGCUCUUCCCGAAAUCUUCACUGCUUUGCCUCCUUCAAACACCAUUGCUCUCACCCACACGCCCUCUCCCGAACGAGUCCCAGCCGUAUGGGAAAUGUCUGACGCGCAAUCCCCGACACACGAGAACACUACUCCGAUGGGUAGCCCACGACGCUCAGCAGUCAAGGGGCCCCGCACUCAACCCAGCCCUAUCGCAACUCGGAGUCAUUCAACUCGCGUGUCGUCAACCUCCUCCAACCAAAUGCCCGAAAGCCCCCUGGCCUCUCCCAACCGCAUUCCUCUAGUCAUGAGUAUCACCGGAACAGAGGGCAGUGACUGGCGGAUGUCUACAGAGUCGAUGAAGCGUACCAGAGCCAAGACUAUGGACCCCUUCGUCCGUCGAGAACAUGACCUCACCAGCCUGGGCAAUGGACUGGGUCCUAUCGGCGGCUCAUCUGCAGUCUACGGCAAUCGUCGAUCCGCCUUAAUGCAAAAUCGAGUUACCAUCUACGAAGACGCAAGCCAAAUUACCUCUCCAAGAAAGUCCUCUGUGCUGACCCCAGUUGGAACAUUCCGCACGCCUGAGUCCACACCAUCUCCUGUUAAGAAGGAGAUUCCUCGCUCCUUGCCCGCCAAUCCGCAAUUCCCGCCUCACUUGUCCAGCUCCCAGGCACCGCCUACUUCUCCUUCUCCGCGGCGUGGAAUGACUACACCUACUGGCAAGUCCCUCGGUCUUGGAAUUGGAACUGCAACCCCUGCCAGCCUGUACGAUGGCGAUGGGUUUUUGCGAGAAUAA